AUGGCCACGGGUGUUUUAUUGCGAGAUAUCUGGUCGCUCAAGCAGUAUAUGACAAUAUUGAAAUGUAGCAUGUCAAGAGCCGUUAAUGGUUCACUUUUGGACCCAAUAUUGAAAGCGUUACGGUCGGUAUCUCACUCGGCGCGAGAUAUCUCGGAGUUGGACCAAAAAUUACUUGUUAUCAUGGAGGAGUGUCUUUCAUUGUUGCCCUCGAAACGUCCCACUCCGAAUGAGAUACUCUGCAUUACUCGCCAAGUCCAGAAUUGCGAUUCUUCCUACUUCGAAUCCGUGGAAAGUCUUGGUGAGAAAAUAAGCUCUAACAGCAAGAAGGACUGGAUCUUGCGAGAAAUGCCGGUGGAAGAUGCACUGUUUCUUUGGAGGCUUUGUGGAUCUUCAGCUGAAGCCUUGUUAAUACGCAACAAUGUCAUCACUCUUCGCCACCAAGUGCUCACAAACCCG